AUGGGCACUUUAGACCGAGACGCAACCGAGUCUACCUCGACGUUACCCGAUGACCCCGACACCCUGUCGGAGGCCGAAGCGUCAAAGUUGAUGCGCAAGAUCGACCUCCACGUGCUCCCCAUGCUCUUCCUGAUCUAUGUUGCAGCCUUUCUUGAUAGGGCGAACAUAUCAAAUGCUCUCACUAUGAGAUUACCAGAGGAGUUGGGAUUGACUGGUCAACAACCUAACAUUGCGCUGGCCGUAUUCUUCGUUCCUUAUAUUGUUUUUGAAAUACCUUCAAAUAUUUUAAUGAAACGAUUUAGCCCUCAUGUGUGGUUAUCUCUAUGCAUCUUCUGUUUCGGCGUUAUCAUGCUGGGCCAGGGCUUCAUUCGGAAUUACAGCGGCCUUCUCGCAACGCGCUUCUUACUUGGACUCUUUGAAGCUGGCAUCUUCCCGGGGAGUUUCUACUUAAUCAGUUUCUGGUAUAAGCGACAAGAGUCGCAGAAACGGUUCACCGUUUAUUUUUGCUCCGUUAUUCUAGCUUCUGCGUUCGGUGGUCUCUUGGCCUCUGCGAUCGCAGAAAUGGAUGGGAUACGAGGCAUAAGUAACUGGAGGUGGAUUUUUAUAUUAGAAGGCAUCCUAACUAUUCUAGUCGCUAUCGCAGGGUAUUUCUUCGUCAGUGAUUUUCCUGACGAGGCGAAGUGGUUAUCUGAAAGAGAGAAACAAUUCGUUCUAAGAAAAACUCGGACAGAAGAAACUACUUCAGAACAGAAGAUCACUAGGAAAGAUAUUAUUGAGUUCUUCAAGGAUCCUAAGAAUUACCUCGGCGCGAUAAUGUACUUCUGUGUUGUCGUUCCGGUUUAUGCAUUCGCCUAUUUCACGCCAACAAUCGUUAAGACGCUCGGAUACUCAGUAGUCCAAACACAACUGCAUUCAAUCCCUCCAUUUGCAGCUGCGCUUGGAUUGUGUCUCGUAUUAACAUAUCUGUCAGAUCGAACAGAUAGUCGUCUUCCAUUCAUCAUGUUUCCAAUUGCUGUUCUUAUCGCAGGACUUGCGAUUUUGAUGACGACACAUUCUAACUUCUCAGUACAAUAUGCAGGACUUUGCUUAGUCUGUAUGGGUGCCUUCAGUGCGGGUCCCGUAGUGAUUUGCUGGUAUCUUAUGAAUCUUCAAGGACAUAAGCAACGAAGCAUUGGUUCAGCAUGGAUGAUCAGCUUUGGUAAUACGGGUGGAAUACUGGCCCCCUUCGCAUUUUUACCAAAGGACGCGCCAUAUUAUCAUCCCGGUUACUCGGCGUGUAUGGCGGUCGCGGCUGUGGGGGUUGCCGCAAAUCUGUGCUAUGCACUCCUUAUACUGAGGGAGAGGCGCAGGGUACAACAUGAUGGCGGAACCGAGAAGACACAUGAUCUAUCAUUGUAG